AUGUCGGCGCAGGAGGAAAAUGAAGCCAUCUCUGCCCUCACGGGUUUCUCGUUAAGCUCUAUUCUCGGAGAUCUAGUCCCUUCAAGCUCCAGCAUAACGAACCGUCUCGGUCUGGGCACCUCACUCCUCAGCGCGAGUCAGAUUUAUGGCGACCAGUUUGGAACCGACGACGGGGCGGUGGGGCACGGGCAGGGUGACGAUUGGGAGGACCAAAUAGACAGGGAGAUGGAAGGCGAGGUAGACGAAGAGCUUCCUCUCGUUAAGGCAGAACCACAGUCGCCCACGGCUCUCAAACCCAAACGUCGGGUGAAAAUAGUAAAGCGUCUCGUCGAGCGGCCCAAGACUGUAUAUGAGCGAUUUCCUGCCUACGAUCCUAAUAGAGUCCUCGACUUUACAGAGUUGUUCAAGGGCUAUACCGGUCAAAAGUCGCGUUUGACCAAACGACCGUUUCAUAUCGACACUGUUUAUCCGCGAAAGCGUGACCAGCCUCGAGGAUUUUUGCAGACGGUCAUCGGGGCCACAAAGCAGCAGGUGGAGAACCAGCGUGUUGAGGCCAUUGUCGCGUCAAGCAGCGUAGAGUCAGACCUUCGGCGGGCAUUAGAGGAACGAGAAAAGACUUCUGUUCCGCUUUCUCUAACCUUACAAGACCGAGGAUUUGAUUUGGUUUCACUAUCUAAUUGGGAAGACCAGAUUAUCUAUGAGCCGGAAGCCAAACCGCAGCCAACGACAACGUCCGACGAACCCACAGACAGCGCAGUAGUCGUCAAACCACCGAAUGUCAAAAAUCUAACCACUCCCGCUAAUAAAGCCCUUGAAUCUGGCGCGUGGACACAAAGCAUCAUAUGGGACCCUCGUGCACCAUUCAAAGACUUCACCCAGCUCGAAUUCAACCAUGAAGACGAUAAAAUACCAGAAAAACCAAGCGUUGAAACGGUCCGAAUCCGCAAGCGCUUUCGAAUGGAUGCUGGGGUCAAAGACAAGUUCAAUCUGUCCAACGACCACUUUUAUGAAGUUUCGAAAGAUGGGCGACAUCGUGUUCGACAGACCUUUGGCCAAAUCGCUGUUGAGCAUGCAUACCCAGCUCAGAAGUUGCAAUUACCAUUUUACCGAACUCGGUUAUCCAAGCAGGAGGCUCGCUCCUUUCAUCGUCCUGCCUUGCAGUUUCCUUCCAACAUCGAGAUACACUUCAGCAAAGUACGUCACGCUAAGAAGAAGAAGGACAAGUCAGGUCGCAAGUUGGGCAAAGGAGGAAACAUCGGAGAAGGACUACGACGAACAACGGACAUUACCCUCAAAGAUACCAGUAAUUUCGUACUAUGGGAGUUUUCGGAAGAGCACCCGCCGAUUGUUCAAAAUUUCGGUAUGGCCAGCUCUCUGGUCAACUAUUACCGCAAAAAGGACGAGAAAGACGAAUAUGUCCCCAAACAUGAUCUUGGCGUUCCAUUUGUUCUAGAGCCCCAAGACGAGACUCCCUUCAUGAAGUUCGGAUCUGUGAAUCCAGGCCAAACGAUCCCUGCGCUGUACAACAAUCUCGUCAGAACCCCACUAUUUCGGCACAAACCGUAUGCUACGGACUUCCUUGUCAUCAAGAACACAAUCAAGGGAGAUACCAAGUACUAUCUGCGAGAAAUCAAGAACCUCUUUGUCGCCGGUCAAACUUACCCAGUCACCGAAGUUCCCGGUCCACAUUCUCGAAAAAUCACCAACACGAUCAAGUACCGACUACAGAUUAUCGCAUUCAAGCUGUUACGCAAGAGUGCAGGGGAGCGGUUGAAGAUCUCACGCCUGAUGAAAUACUUCCCUGACCAAAAUGAAUUGCAAAUGCGACAGAGACUCAAGGAAUUCAUGGAGUAUCAUCGGAGGGGGCCACACCAGGGCUUUUGGCGUGUCAAGGACGAUGUCACGAUUCCAACGGACGCAGAGAUGCUCAAGAUGGUGACGCCUGAGCAAGUUUGCUUGAUGGAAAGCAUGCAAGUGGGGCAGCGGCACUUACACGACGCUGGCUACGGGCAAGGGGCGGACUCAGUUGAAGAUAAGGAUGAAUCAAACCUCUCUGUGGAGCAGCAGCUCGCACCGUGGAUUACGACCAAAAACUUCCUAUAUGCCACGCAGGCCAAAGCGAUGCUCCGUUUACAUGGUGAAGGCGACCCUUCUGGACGAGGCGAAGCAUUCAGCUUCAUCCGAAUCUCGAUGAAGGACAUUUUUGUCAAAGCGGGGGAAAGUUAUGAGCAGAAAGUCGCCGAGGCGGAAAACCGCCCGAAAUCUGCCCACCGGUACAAUGUUGCAGAGCAACAGGUGAUCUACAAGUCGGAGAUUGAGCGUAUUUGGAAGGCACAGUUCCAAUCGCUCAUCCGCAAAGACGAGCCGCAACUGACAGCGGAGGAAGAGCAAGAACCUGAGCGUGAGCGUGGCCGUGCGACCUCUGUUCGACAAGAAACAGUGCCCCCUGAAGGGACUUCUCCAGUUGCCGCUUCCCCAGUUAGUCGAGGCUCUUCAAUGGAAAGAGACGCGAGUGUGGGGCCGGAAUCGAACCGCCGGGUUCUCCGGAUCCAGCGAUUGGUGAUGGGUCAUUGGCAAACCGAGAUCAUCCGGGACCCAGCUGUCAUUCGUGCGUACGUCCGCUCGCGCCAAGCCAUCGAAGAGGAGGCUACUUUUGCUGACACACUUGCUCCCACCGGUGACGCGGACAAGGAUGCACGUGCUAAGAAACGGCUCGAGGAGGAGAUCGCCCGGAUGAAGAAAAAUCAAGAACGGCGGCUGCACAGGAAAAACGCCAAGAUUGUCCAAGCCGGUGGCGUUCCUUUGCAAUUAAACCGACCCAUGAAGCCGGAUACAACUCGGCGAUGUGGUCAUUGUGGUCAGCUUGGCCAUAUGAAAACGAAUCGCAAAUGCCCGCGUUGGGCGGAGUUCAAUACGCCUGGCCCGAAUACUCCCUCUGGUCAGCCCGCCAACUCUCCUUCGGUACCAGGACGAGCGAUCAACUCCGCUUUUGGUUUCCCCGCUGCUGUCCCGUCUCCCCUUGCAACCGCUCCCCCCAUGUCCACAGAAGAAUCAGCAGCACCUUCUCCUGCUGCCAGCGGUUCCUCCACGGUUCCCAAACUCAAAUUAAUGCUCAAGAAGACUUAA